CACACCCCCAGACAGGACCCAGACAGGACCCAGAGUGGACUCUACGUAGACUCUACGUAGACUAGACCUAGAGUUUCCAUUUCCCGGACGUCCUCGUAAUUCAGGUGUACGGCAGAAGCCAACCUUGGUGUAUUCUGAGCGAACUUCGCAUAAAAUCAAACACUAUGUGUCUCACACCACUUUACGGAUAUUGUCCACAUCGUAUAUGCCAAAGUACUACAUAUUAUAGUGUCUAAGUUUCUUCAUUUACCUCUUCGACGAAAAUGACCUCUACUGCAAGCCAACUGGAACGAAGUCUGAGAAAACUUCAGAUCUCAGAGUCUGACUCGCAAGAGACGUCUACUGCGAUGCAAUGGGUGCCCUCUAGAUACUACAGCUCAGACGCAUCUCAGUGCGUUCUCGUAAGGCCUCCCCGGGCUGCGUGCGGCAACCGUCAGCUGUUUGGUUUUCCUCUUAUCAAGAGCGAACUUUGGGACAUGGGGACCUUUGCUUUCAAGAAAAUUUGGCCAGACAGAACUUUACCAGACGACCAUUUCUUCAUCGUCAUGAAUUCCCUCACCCUCCUUAGGGCAUAUCUCGGUCUUCGCGUUUGUACUAUGGCGUUCGGAAAGGUGGAUGAAGGCUUAGAUAAUAUCCCAUCGGAGUGCGUAUCGUUGGGAGAGGUGCUAUUGUUAAUAUUGUGGAGGGAUACAGAACCCGAGGCAUCCUGUCCAACGCUAAGUCAAGUGCAUUUUGUGGAAGCGAAGCUUAAGCGCUCACCGAGAUGGUGGGUGGAAGUCCCACAUCUUUGAUGAACAGUGCGCCAUCAUUCCAUGGCUGACUAUAUUUCCUACCCCACUUGUACCAACCUCAUUCAUUUUUUGCGGUAGAACUUAUAACUCUUGCACGUCAUCUGUGAUACAUACGCUCAACAUGAGACCUGGACAAUAUCAUAUCGAUAUUGCGGACGAACACGGAGGGACUGUAAGACUAUUUGUAUCCAUAGCGCCAUGUGAUGACUUAUUUUCGUCGGUUCUCAAUCUCUG